AUGGAUUUGAAUUUGGAAGAUAUUGGUCAAAAUAUUGAAAGAUAUAUCGAUGACGACAAGUUCCUAUCAUCAUUAAAAGCUAAUCAAAUCUGCAAGAUCCUUGACAAUUCACGUUUAACAUCCAGUCAGUAUUCAACUUUAUUUUUUAAUCUUUCUAAAUAUUUUGGUAAAGUUGAUAUGCUUAUCAUUCUCAGUCACGCACACACCGACAUAUUCCAAACUCGAAAUGAUGCUCGUCUUGUUUCCGACACAAUCUCAUCCGUUCUUGGUAUUAACACACUAAAUAAUUUAUUUUCUUUUUACGAUGAUACUUCAGACAAUAAUCAGAUCGAUAUUACCGUACGUACUUCAGAUUAUUUAGGUCAUGUAAUUAAAAUCAGCCCAGAAUCAACAGUUUCUGAUCUCAAAAACAUUAUUCAAGAAGAUCUAUCUAUAGAUAGCAAUAUUCAACAAUUAUACUUAGAAAGAACUCUACUUAAAGAUAAUCAAAAAAUCAAAGAUUUGAGAUUUAACCAAGAUUCAUUUAUAGAAGUAACUGAAGACCAUAGUCACCCAUCAAAUCGCUGCAGCUGCAGAGAAGGAUCCUCUAAUAAUGAAGAGGAUGAAAACAUUAAUGAAGAAGAAGAAGAAAACGACGACGAUGACGACGGCGAAGAAGAAGAAGAAAAUACCAAAAAUUGA